UGCUCAAAGCUACCAUCACAUCUUUAGAAUUGCAAAGGUUUAUACGAACAUCUGAUGGAGCUGAGAAAGGGGAUGCGCUGUCUGUGUUUUCAGAAAUGGAGAAAACUCGACAUUCAACAACACCACUGAAAAAAUCCUGGUUCAUCCCAAAGAAUGAGUCAAUUCCUCAUGGACCUGGAGAGAAAGGAGAACCAUUUUAUCUACCACCAGGCCUAGAACUUGCUAAAGACCUUUACAAGACUAAUGGUUAUAACGCUCUUGUAAGCGAUUUUAUAGCAUUGAAUCGAUCUCUCCCUGAUAUUAGACAUCCAAGUUGUAGGUCAAAGAAAUAUUUAUCUCACUUACCAAAAGUUAGCAUAGUAAUUCCAUUUUACAAUGAGCAUUGGAGCACACUCUUGAGGACUGUUACCAGCAUCAUAAAUAGAUCACCGCAACAGUUGAUUGAAGAAAUCAUUUUGGUUGAUGACUUUAGCACAAAAGGCAAGUUGAAAGAACCUCUAAAUCGUUAUAUGAGUGAUCAUCAUACGAAAGUCAAAAUCAAGAGGGCUACCAAAAGAGAAGGUUUGAUAAGGGCUAGGUUACUAGGAGCCAAAGCUGCUACAGGAGAAGUUAUACUCUUUCUCGAUUCCCACACAGAAGCUAAUGUAGAUUGGUUACCCCCCUUGCUGGAACCAAUUGCUAUUGACAGAAAAACUGUUGUGUGUCCCUUCAUUGACGUCAUUGAUUUUGAAACUUUGGCAUACCGUUCUCAAGACGAAGGUGGAAGAGGAGCAUUUGAUUGGGAGCUUUAUUACAAAAGACUGCCUCUGCUUCCUGAAGAUUUAAAGCAGCCAGCUGAACCUUUUAAGAGUCCUGUAAUGGCGGGAGGUCUCUUUGCAGUUGACAGGAGCUUUUUCUGGGAACUAGGUGGAUAUGAUGAUGGUCUUGAUGUAUGGGGAGGGGAACAGUAUGAACUAUCUUUCAAAAUUUGGCUUUGUGGUGGACAACUAUUAGAUGCACCAUGUUCUAGAGUUGGGCAUAUCUACAGAAAAUUUGCUCCUUUCCCAAAUCCUGGUUUAGGAGAUUUUGUUGGAAGGAAUUAUAAACGAGUAGCUGAAAUAUGGAUGGAUGAAUACAAAGAAUAUCUUUACUUGCGCAGGCCCCAUUAUAGGAAUAUGGAUGCUGGACACCUAAGCAAGCAGAAAAGACUGAGAAGAAAACUAGGUUGUAAAUCCUUCAAAUGGUACAUGGAGAAUGUAGCUUUUGAUCAGCCAGUAAAAUUUCCACCAGUUGAGCCUGCAGACAUAGCAAAAGGACAGAUUAGAAAUGAAGUCAAAAAUGUAUGCUUGGACACUGGCUUCAGGGAGCAAAAUGAAAAAGUUGGCUUAGAAUUAUGUUUACAAAAUGAUACGAAGAUGCUAAGAGAUCAGAAUUUUAUCUUUUCUUGGCACAAAGACAUCCGUCCUUUGAAACGAAAUCUAUGCUUCGAUGUAUCUACCCCUGAAAGAGGUGCUCCAGUACUGCUUUGGAAUUGUCAUGGGAUGCAGGGGAAUCAACUCUGGAAACACGAUGAGGAGACUCAUCAGUUGGUCCAUUUAACAACAGGAAACUGCCUGGAUUGUGAUUUUAACCUUCGAAAGAUAUUUAUGAACCAUUGCCAAAAUAGCUCAAUUAGCCAAAAGUGGACAUUUGAAAAGAUGAGCUGAGAUAUGAAUGAGAACGAAACGACGUAAUGCAAUUUUGAGUACGGUUAUAAAAACGUCACUGAAAACAUGAAAUGCUUGGUAAAAUUCUAUCAAAUCAUACAGAGUUUUAAUUAAAACUCUGAAUGCGUUUAUAU